UUCAUCCUUAUUCAACCAGAUCAGGCGAAGUCGUUGAAGAGAUGGACUUCGCCAAGCUGCUGGUAGCCUCUCCUGAGGUCAACCCUAACAACAGAAAGGCCCUCACUAUUCCAGUCCUGAACCCAUUCAACACAUAUGGCCGAGUCUUCUUCUUCUCAUGGUUUGGCUUCAUGCUUGCAUUCCUCUCAUGGUAUGCCUUCCCGCCUCUGUUGACUGUCACUAUCCGCGAUGAUCUCGACAUGUCCCAAACACAAAUUGCAAACUCAAACAUCAUUGCUUUACUAGCUACACUACUAGUUCGACUUAUCUGCGGCCCCCUAUGCGAUCGUUUCGGACCUCGACUAGUCUUUAUCGGCCUACUGCUGGUGGGCUCCAUUCCUACCGCGAUGGCCGGCCUCGUUACCUCACCCCAAGGACUGAUUGCCCUGCGCUUCUUCAUCGGCAUCCUCGGCGGCACAUUCGUUCCCUGCCAAGUCUGGUGCACAGGGUUUUUUGACAAGAGUAUAGUUGGGACAGCCAACUCCCUAGCUGCCGGUCUAGGUAACGCUGGUGGCGGUAUCACAUACUUCGUCAUGCCGGCCAUCUUCGACUCCCUCAUCCGUGACCAAGGCCUCCCCGCACACAAGGCCUGGCGCGUCGCCUACAUCGUCCCCUUUAUCUUAAUCGUUGCCGCCGCCCUAGGCAUGCUCUUCACUUGCGAUGACACCCCGACUGGAAAAUGGUCCGAGCGGCACAUCUGGAUGAAGGAGGAUACCCAGACAGCAUCUAAAGGCAACAUUGUCGACCUUAGCUCUGGUGCACAGUCCUCCCGUCCCUCCGGACCCCCUUCCAUUAUUGCGUACGCCAUUCCCGACGUCGAAAAGAAAGGCACCGAGACUCCACUAGAACCUCAGUCCCAGGCAAUCGGCCAAUUCGACGCCUUCCGCGCAAACGCCGUUGCCUCUCCCUCCCGCAAGGAGGCUUUUAAUGUUAUAUUCAGCCUCGCAACGAUGGCCGUUGCAGUCCCCUACGCCUGCUCCUUUGGGUCUGAGCUCGCAAUCAACUCGAUCCUGGGCGACUAUUAUGACAAGAACUUCCCGUACAUGGGCCAAACGCAGACCGGCAAGUGGGCCGCUAUGUUCGGGUUCCUUAAUAUUGUCUGUCGUCCGGCAGGUGGAUUUCUGGCGGAUUUCCUUUACCGGAAAACGAACACGCCCUGGGCUAAGAAACUCCUCCUCUCGUUUUUAGGUGUUGUCAUGGGUGCAUUCAUGAUUGCAAUGGGUUUCUCAGAUCCAAAGUCCGAAGCGACUAUGUUUGGUCUUACUGCCGGGUUGGCCUUCUUUCUUGAGUCUUGCAAUGGGGCAAUAUUUUCGCUUGUACCACAUGUUCAUCCUUAUGCUAAUGGGAUCGUCUCCGGCAUGGUGGGUGGAUUCGGGAACCUCGGCGGUAUCAUCUUCGCCAUCAUCUUCCGCUAUAGUCAUCACGACUACGCGCGCGGCAUCUGGAUUCUAGGUGUUAUUUCCAUGGCCGUGUUUAUCUCUGUCUCCUGGGUUCGGCCUGUGCCGAAAAGUCAGAUGAGGGAGUAGUUGACCGUGUGAUUGGGUUCUCAAGAGGCGUUUGGGUUCGGUUUUGUUCUGUUUUGUUUAGCGAUAUGAUACCAUGAUAUACUAUAGACUUGAGUGAUGAU